GUGAGGCGAUUGAGAUUGCUGCACUGAGAACAAACCUUCGUAGCAUCACCAGCGCGGUCCAGGGAAACCUUCAGUGGUUCGCAGAUGGUCUCAUAGAGAAAGCGUUUAUUGCCCCCGGCUCAGCUAGUGGAAUACUUGAAACGCAUGGGGUUACUCCAGCAGAAAAAGCCGGAAAGCUGCUGAAUAGUGUAUUUACGAAGAUAGAAACAUCAAAAGAGAAAAUACGCUGGUUUAAUGAGUUUCUUGCCAUAUUUUUUCUGCUAAAGUCUACGAGGAGCUUGUGAAAACUCUGGCAGAGAAUGCUCAGGGGACUGCUAAACCUUCAACAACGCCCCCCUUCUCGUGUUCCUGAAAUCCUAAGCAAAAUACCAACACUUGGUCAACUUUUGAAAUUGAAGUAUGUAAUCGAUGGAGAAACCCAUGAGAUAGAGAUAAUUCCCAGGCUGUCACAGCAGUGGAACACAUUUGGCGUGUCCGGAUUAGGCAUUGAGGACUACAAAGUUGACAUUUGCAAAGGGAAAGAUGACAGCGAAUCAUGCUUCAAACUUUUCAAAAAGUUCUUACAAAGUGGAUCGAAGAAGUUUAAAAAUCCAACAUGGCGGAGUGUGAUAACAGCAUUGAGAGAUCGAGAUUUGACUGUCAUUGCAGAUGAGCUGGAGAACAGGGCACUCCCAAAUAUGAUAGACUGACUGAAUUGACUGAAUCCUAGAAAUUGGUAGAAGAAAUUAUGAUUAAUGAAACCCCUGAAAAUUUU